AGUGUGGAGUAGCUUUCGCAUUUUGGGAAUUCCCAAAGUUCCCCCACCUCCUCCUCCUCCUUCGCGAAGGGAAGCGGUGGUGGGCGCCGGUGAGCUUCUCGCCUUCUCGUCUCCGAUGGCGGAUCCGGGGAGCUCCUCUCCUCUUAUUGCUCCCAGUCCUUCGGUUGACCCUGUUGGUGAGAUUGACCUGGAGGCCGGCCCUGGUGAUCAGCUGCAAUGCCGCAUCUGCCUCGAAACUGAUGGAAGGGACUUCAUAGCGCCUUGUAAGUGCAAGGGGACAUCAAAGUAUGUGCACAGGGAGUGUCUGGAUCACUGGCGCGCCGUCAGGGAAGGUUUUGCAUUUGCUCAUUGUACAACAUGUAAGGCUCCUUACUACCUAAGGGUUCAUGUCCAUACAGACAGGAAAUGGAGGACAUUGAAGUUCCGUUUCUUUGUGACUAGGGAUAUACUGUUCAUUUUUGCACUGGUGCAGCUGGUAAUUUCUUCGUUGGCAUAUUUGGUGUAUUUGGCUGAUAGAUAUCAAGAUUAUUGGUUGCGAAUGGCUUGGAAAUUUGACAAUGAAAUUAGUUUCUAUUACAUAUGCGGGGCUCUGUUGUUCUUUGCUUUGCUUGGAUUGUCUGGGUGCUUCAUAACUUGUUAUGAUCGACGUGUUCGUAAUGAUCUUGCUCAACCAUGCCGAGAGCUAUGCAUAUGUUGCUGUCAACCAGGUGUGUGUGCGGACUGCCAUCUUCCUGGCACUCUCUGUAUGUGGACGGACUGUACAACAUGCAUUGAAGGUUGCACAAGUACAGCAGGUGAAUGCGGUUGCUUAGCAAGUGCCGGUGAAGCCGGACUCCCGUUGUUGUUCAUCACAGCGAUCAUCGUGCUUGGGCUAUUCACUGUCAUCGGCAUAUUCUACAGCGUUCUAGUCGCAACAAUGGUUGGCCAACGGAUUUGGCAACGGCACUAUCAUAUUCUCGCAAAGCGAAUGCUAACCAAAGAAUAUGUUGUGGAGGAUGUUGAUGGUGAGAUGGCUGAUUCAAGUUGGAGCCCACCACCCCUUCCACCUGAACAUGUUCAGCAAUUGAGAUCUCUUGGUCUCUUAUAAACCAAACACAAAUUCACAAACUAUUUCAUCAUUCAUCUCAGAAGUUCUUCAGGGAGUUGUUAUUUGUGGCAUCCUCUGCCAUCAGCUCACUCUCACUGCAAAUACAUCAAUCAAAGAAGCUCAACCUCAAAACUAGUAUUGUUUAUAAGUGCCUCUUCUCAAGAAGACCAAUUCCUAUUUUUCUCUUUUUUUGAGUUUUUAAUUUAUUGUUGUAUAACUUGUUAUUUGUUCAUGAAUUCUUGCCCCGCUUUCUUUAUAUUGUUUUGGGCGCUCUCACAGCAUCAUAAUUCAUAUAAACGUCAUGCUA